GAACACCUCGCCAUUUUAGACAUCGGUGAAAUGAGCGGUUGAGUGUGGCCUCCAGGGCAACGUGAUCGGUCUCUACAAAGUUAUGCCGAUUACUUAGUGGGAAAAUUUUCCGUCAAAUUAUUAUUUGGUCGUUAAUCUGUCUGAUAGCUUAUUAUUAGGGUAGCUACUGUUCCAGCCAUGGCGACGGAGGUACCACCAGUCGACAAGGCGGCAGCAGAAUAUGUUCCUGAGAAGGUGAAGAAGGCAGAGAAGAAGUUGGAAGAAAACCCAUAUGACCUUGACGCAUGGAGCAUUCUGAUUCGAGAAACACAGAAUCAACCCAUAGAUAAAGCAAGGAAGACCUAUGAACGACUUGUCUCACAGUUUCCAAGUUCUGGCAGAUUCUGGAAGCUAUUCAUUGACGCUGAGAUCAAGGCAAAAAACUAUGACAAGGUAGAGAAGUUGUUCCAGAGGUGCCUAAUGAAAGUGUUGCACAUUGACCUGUGGAAAUGUUACCUCUCGUAUGUUCGCGAGACCAAAGGAAAGCUUCCCAGCUACAAAGAGAAGAUGGCCCAGGCGUAUGACUUUGCCCUUGAUAAGAUUGGCAUGGAAAUUAUGUCUUAUCAGAUUUGGGUGGACUACAUCAAUUUCCUCAAAGGAGUCGAGGCUGUGGGCUCAUAUGCAGAGAACCAGAGGAUCACAGCAGUUCGGAGGGUGUACCAAAGAGGCUGCGUGAACCCCAUGAUUAACAUUGAGCAGCUCUGGAGAGAUUAUAGCAAAUAUGAGGAGGGAAUUAACGUGCACCUGGCCAAAAAGAUGAUUGAGGACCGAAGCAGAGAUUACAUGAACGCACGGAGAGUGGCUAAGGAGUAUGAGACGGUGAUGAAAGGCUUAGACAGGAACGCACCUUCAGUGCCGCCACAGAACUCCCCUCAGGAGGCGGUGCAGGUUGAAAUGUGGAAAAAGUACAUCCAGUGGGAAAAGAGCAACCCGCUGCGCACAGAAGACCAGACCCUCAUCACUAAGAGAGUGAUGUUUGCCUAUGAGCAGUGUCUGCUGGUGCUGGGCCACCAUCCUGACAUCUGGUAUGAGGCAGCUCAGUACCUGGAGCAGUCCAGCAAACUGCUUGCAGAGAAAGGGGACAUGAAUAAUUCAAAACUGUUCAGCGAUGAAGCGGCCAACAUCUACGAGCGUGCCAUUGGAACCCUUCUGAAAAAGAACAUGCUUCUCUAUUUUGCUUUUGCUGACUAUGAAGAAAGUCGCAUGAAGUACGAGAAAGUGCACAGCAUCUAUAACAAACUGCUGGCCAUCGAGGACAUCGACCCCACCCUGGUCUACACCCAGUACAUGAAGUUUACCAGGAGGGCAGAAGGCAUCAAAUCGGGCCGAACCAUCUUUAAAAAGGCACGAGAGGAUCCCCGCACACGUCACCACGUGUACGUCUCAGCAGCGCUGAUGGAGUACUACUGCAGCAAAGAUAAAUCUGUGGCCUUCAAGAUUUUUGAGCUUGGUUUGAAGAAAUACGGUGACAUUCCAGAGUACAUACUUGCGUACAUCGAUUACCUCUCACACCUUAAUGAGGAUAACAACACCAGAGUUUUGUUUGAGCGAGUCCUCACCUCUGGAAGCUUAACUGCAGAAAAGUCUGGGGAGGUCUGGUCUCGGUUCCUGGCAUUUGAGAGCAACAUAGGAGACCUAGCCAGUAUUCUGAAAGUAGAGCGCCGGCGCUUCACUGCCUUCAAAGAUGAAUACGAAGGCAAAGAAACGGCUUUGCUUGUAGAUCGGUACAAGUUCAUGGACCUGUACCCAUGCUCUACUAGUGAACUAAAGGCCCUUGGAUACAAGGAUGUUUCUCGUGCCAAACUGGCCUCUCUGCUCCCAGAGACUGUGGUGGCUCCCUCUGUGCCUACGCUUAAAGACGAAAUCGACCGUAAACCUGAGUACCCCAAACCAGACACUAAUCAGAUGAUCCCCUUCCAGCCGCGUCACCUCGCCCCUCCAGGUUUACACCCUGUCCCUGGUGGAGUUUUCCCCGUCCCUCCGGCUGCUGUUGUCCUGAUGAAGCUGCUCCCUCCGCCUUCGUGCUUCACUGGUCCUUUUGUUCAAGUGGAUGAGCUCACUGAGACUUUAAGGGGAUGCAUACUUCCUGAAACUGUUGAAGCUGCUGUAGAGCUGAUCACUGGCAGACUGCCCGAUGCAGGAGGGGAUGGCAGCGGACCCCUGGAGAACCACACCAUCAUUAAGUCGCUGAAGAGGCCCAACGCAGACUCUGACGAGGAGGACGACAAAGGAGCCGUGGCUCCGCCCAUACACGACAUCUACCGCGCACGCCAACAGAAGAGGAUUCGAUAAAACGGAGAAAACCCUUCAGGAAUGUAACGUUUUAGCAGGUGGUCAUAAGAGAUACGUGUUGGCACUACAGAUUCUGAGCAGGAAACAAGCAUGCAUGCACAUGCAACAUGCAGGCAGGGUGCACACCUGAGCGUUUCUGUGGCUUUUUUUUUUGUCAUCAGUUUUUAUUUUUAAAGACUGACUAUUAUACUGUAAAAACAAAAAGUUUUAAUUCAACUGUGGGUUUCUGCAAACCAUUGAUGUUAUGUUUCAGCAACAAGUUCUUUUUUCUUUUUUUUUUAGAUAACGAGUAAACAGUUUCUUUGAAUAAACGUGAA